GUAAUUAACAUUAACUAUAAAAGGGAUGAGUUUUUAGCAAACAUUUGUCACAAACAUCUCUGAUAUUUCGAGUAAAGUAUCGAAAUAUUAGUAACUUUUUCAACAAAAAACUUUAUUUUUUCAACAAAAACUCAUCGCUUGAGUCGUGAACUCAAAAACCAUGUAUUCAAAGUUCAUACACCAGGGACUGGUCGGUCACAAUAGGAUCAUCGGCCGAACCGGUGGUCAUGUGGUCCACGGCGGCGGCCAUUUGGUUCACGGAGGUGUUGGUCACGUGGGUGUCGGACACGUAGGUCUAGUGGCAGCCGCGCCGGCCGUCCAUUUGGGACACGCCUUCCGAACUCACGCCGUGGCCGCUGCGCCCGCUUUCGCCGUCGCCGCCGCCCCAGCCAUUCACGCGGCGCCCAUCGGUCUGGCAUUUGGCGGUCACAGCUUCGGACACGGUUUCAGACAGGGACACGUCGGACACGUCCAAAAUAUCGGACCCGUGACCGCCGCCGUCGAGACCCGUCGCACGCAUCAAGUGAUAGACGUGCCCACCAGUCAAGACGUGAUCCAACCCUCGACACUCAUCAUUGAGCCCAAUAUACUUCCCGUCAACAUUGAGUUCCGCUCGCAGUCAUCGCCGGUGAACGUGAAUCAG